UCGAAUUUUAAAAUUGAUCGAUUCGAAUCAUUUAUAAACAACAACAACAACAAUUCGAACGUUUUUGUUUGUCCAUUCUAAUCAUGUCAUCAAUGCAGAAACGACUGCAAAAAGAAUUAAUGUCAUUGAAAAAAGAUCCACCAACCGGUGUAUUUGUGGAUGAAAUGAAGAUUGAAUCGGAUAUGUCACAAUGGUCAAUAGAUAUUGUAUGUCCAAAAGGAACAUUAUAUGCCGAAGAACGAUUUACGUUGUCUUUCAAAUUCAGUUCAAAUUAUCCAUUCGAUUCUCCGGAAGUAACAUUCAUUGGCUCAAACAUACCCGUACAUCCACAUGUUUAUAGUAAUGGUCAUAUUUGUCUUUCAAUAUUAACCGAUGAUUGGUCACCAGCAUUAUCGGUACAAGCCGUUUGUUUAAGCAUCCUUUCGAUGUUGGCUGGUUGUAAAGAGAAAAAACGACCACCAGAUAAUACAAUGUAUGUUCGUACAUGUUCGAAAAAUCCGAAAAAAACCAAAUGGUAUUAUCAUGAUGAAGAUAUUUGAAAUAUUCGACACACAUACAUUGCAUUUUCCUGGCUACAUCCAUCACAUUCUCACUAUUCUCUCUACAGAUAUAUUGAAUUUCAAUUUUCAAGAAUUUCACAAACAAAAACCUCCCAAAAAACAACAACAACCAUUCACAAUUAUC